AAGCUCGACAGUUAGUAUCAAGACCAUAGAUCCUAUCGAGAAGCACAUCGCCAGGACCCGCAUUGCCUCUCACUGCCCGCUCAUGGCAGGCGCAGAAGCCGUAUCCUACCUCAUUAGUCUCACUCUCUCCCCCGAUCAAGCCGACCGUUGCCUAGCCCGCUGCCCGCGCCUCACCGAGCCCCACUCCGUCCCCAACCAGCGGAAAGUCGUCGCAUUCCUCUUAACCGAACUCCACCUCUCCGCCAAGGCCCUUCCGCCGCUCUUCCUCCGCUGCCCGCAGCUCCUCGCGUACAGCGUCCCCGAGAAGCUCCGCCCAGCCGCGGAGUGCUUCCGCGCGCUAGGCUUCACCGCGCGCGACCUCCGCCGCGCAGUCGCGCAGUUCCCGGGGAUCCUCGCGCGGAGCGUGGAGGAGAAGCUUUGCCCGCUGCUGGCGCUCCUGCAGCACCUCGGGAUCGCCGAGGAGAAAUGCCGACGUGUCAUCCUCUCCUGCCCGCGCCUCCUCAGCUACAGCAUCGACCUCAAAAUGCGCCCGCUGAUUCACUUUUUCCAAACCAAUCUCCCCUUGUCGCCGUCGCAAGUCGGAUACAUGGUAACCCGCUGUCCGCAAAUCCUCGCAUGCAAUCUCGAGAAACGGAUCGUUCCCGCCAUUCGGCAUCUGCGCGGCAUAGGGCUCUCAGAAGAUCGCCUCUCCAACCUCCUACUGCACCAUCCGUACCUCCUCUGCCGAAGCGUCCAGAAAACACUCGAGCCGCGGACCGAUUUCCUCCUGUCGCUAGGAUUUACGCGAGCUGAGGUGGCAAGAAUAGUGGCGGAGUUUCCUCCAGUCCUGACGAAACACGUGGACGGUGAUCUGCGCCCCAAGGUGGCGUAUUUGGAGGGGCCAAUGGGGAGGAGUGUGCGAGAGGUUUUGGGUUUCCCGCGGUUUUUGUCGUUUAGCUUGGCGCGGAGGAUCAUUCCCAACCACAGGAAGCUGCAGAGCAGAGGGCUGGGGGACUGGACUCUCUCCCAGGUGUGCCGGAAAAAGGCGUGAUAAGGGUUUUAGGCGUAUCAGGGUUUAAAUCCUAGGUAUUUAUAGAAGCAGCAGGGUUUCUAAUCUAAUAGGCUGUAGGUUGCAAGAUGGUGAAUAUGGCUUGUACAGGUGACUCUUUGGUUAGGUAGUGGCUAGCAGGCCUGCAUGCAUGCUUCUAUGCUUCAAGAAGCCGCGCUCAAGGGCCAAGGAACAGCGAACCCAAGAUGCCACGCAGGCUGGAAUGGAAUGCCAAGAUUUUAUGAGCGAGUG